AUGAUUCGUCAACCGCAUCGACCCUCUGGUCCGCAUUGGCAGGUGUCUGUGAUGGUGGUGGCGGCUACUGAUCUGGUCAAAGAGGCUCAGGCGCGGCACGGCAUGGCCCCCACGGCUGUGGCAGCACUGGGGCGGCUGUUGAUGGGGACGCUGCUACUGGGAGCCAUGAAGGGACCAGACGAAUCCGUGCAAGUCACAGUGAACGGCCGGGGGCCCAUUGGGCAGAUCACAGCUGUUUCAGCACUGCACGGGGAGGUGAAAGGGUUUGCCGUUAAUCCGCUGGCCGACCCGCCUCUCAACUCCAAGGGCAAGAUGGACGUGGGGGGUGCAGUGGGCAAGGGAGUGCUUAGCGUCAUUCGAACCCAUCCCUCCUGGCAGUCGCCUUACACUGGCACUGUGCCUCUGGUGUCAGGGGAGAUCGCAGAGGAUUUGGCAAACUACCUGGCGGAGAGUGAGCAGAUCAACUCAGCUAUGGGGCUGGGUGUGGCGGUGGGCAAGGAUGGCAUUGUCAGGGCGGCAGGAGGGUUCCUUGUUCAGGUCCUUCCCUUCUGCUCGGACGAGACGCUAGACAAGCUAGAGGCCAACGUCCAAUCACUGGGCGCCAUGUCAGAUGCGGUGCAGCGCAUGGAUGCAGGGACCAUUGCUCACUAUCUCUUGCAGGGGUUGGAUCCCGAACCUGUCAUAGAUCCGAUUGUGCCUACGUUUGGCCCAUGUGGUCUGGAAGACUUGAAGCCUCGCAUGCUUAGAGCUGUGGAGUCACUAGGAGCCGAGGACGUGAAGAAACUUAUUGAGGAAAGAGCGUCGCGAGUCUCUCCGGUUACAAGGAAGACGACGAGCGUAACUGCGAAAAAAACGACCACUAAGUCGUCCGGCCUCGGCGUUAAGAAGCUCACGACGAAGCCGAACGACAGCCUGUACGAGCAGAAGCCAGUGGAGGCACCGGUGAAGGUGGGCGUGGUGGAGCACAAGGCGUCGCGCUUCACGUACAACGAGGCGUCCUCCUCCUCGCAGCCAGGCACCGGGUCCGGCAGAGGCGGCCACGUAGCGGCGCCCGCGGCAGCUGGAGACUUUUUCAACGACUUUUCGGGAGGGAUCAGGGCUGUGCCCAGUAACCGGCCCAAGCCCCCACCUCAGCCAAUUGAGGAGUCAGACGAGGCUCGCAGGAAGUUCGCAGGGGCGAAGGCGAUCUCGUCGCAGCAGUUCUUUGACCGGGAUAACAAGGAGCUGCAGGCGCAGAACCAAGAGCGGCUGCAGAAAUUCCAGAACUCGUCGGCUAUUUCGAGUGCAGCCUUCUUUGAUCGGGACGAGGGUGGCAACCAGGGUGGUGGGGACGGCUCUCUGGACAGCGUUGCUGCAGACCUACUGGGAGGGCUCUCCGUUGGGGUGGGUGUUGCUUGCGUGUCUACUGUUGCGUGA